UAAUUUUAUUUAUUUAUGUGUGGUGCUGAGAAUUGAACCCAGUACCUCACACAUGCUAGGCAAGUAGUCUACCACUGAGCCACAACCUCAGCCCCAGGAAGCAAGCUCUUUUGAUGAAAAUGAGAUGGUAAAGUUGAAACCUUGAGGCCAUCAUGAGGAAACUUCGAGCAGCUGUGGGAAGUAAUCUGGGAAAGCAGGCAGCCAGCCAGGAGAGAAGGAAGAAACGUGCCCCCAAUAGUAGCCAGGCCAAGCCUUCUGCUCCUAAGGGGAGGAUCUCUGAGUGUCCUGGGACUCCUGCAGACCUAGCCAGUCAGCAAGAAGAGGAGAUAUUUCAGGCCUCUGUCUCCCCGUACCAUCUAUUCAGAAAUAGAACUGAAAUAAUAGCCUUCAGGAAGAGUCUACUGAGCUGGUAUGACACAGAGAAGCGGGACCUACCCUGGAGAAGACAGGCAGAGGAUGAGGAGGACCUGGAUAGGCGAGCAUAUGCAGUGUGGGUGUCAGAGGUUAUGCUGCAGCAGACCCAGGUUGCCACAGUGAUCAACUACUAUACCCGGUGGAUGCAGAAAUGGCCAACACUGCAGAACUUGGCCAAUGCUUCUCUGGAGGAGGUGAACCAACUUUGGGCUGGCCUGGGCUACUAUUCUCGAGGCCGGCGACUACAGGAGGGAGCUCGGAAGGUGGUAGAAGAGCUAGGGGGCCACAUGCCUCGUACAGCAGACACCCUACAGCAGCUCCUACCUGGUGUGGGGCGGUACACAGCUGGAGCCAUUGCUUCCAUUGCCUUUGGUCAGGCAACCGGUGUGGUGGAUGGGAAUGUAGUACGGGUGCUGUGCCGUGUCCGAGCCAUUGGUGCUGAUUCCAAGAGCACCCUUGUCUCUCAGCAUCUCUGGAGCCUAGCCCAGCAGCUAGUGGAUCCAAACCGACCAGGGGACUUUAAUCAAGCAGCCAUGGAACUGGGGGCCACAGUGUGCACCCCACAGCGGCCUCUCUGCAGCCAGUGCCCUGUGCAGAGCUUGUGCAGGGCACGCCAGAGGGUGAGCCUCCUGGGGAGGGAGCACUCAGGAAUCCUAGGGUAUGGCCCUUGCCCCAUGACACCCCACCCUGUCUCUCAGGUAGAGAAGGAACAGUUCUCAGCUUCAUGGAACCUGCAAGGCACUCCUGACGUGGAGGACUGCACUCCCAUCACUGGAAAGUGCCAGCUGUGCCUGCCAUCCACAGAACCCUGGAACUACACGUUGGGAGUGGCCAACUUUCCCAGAAAGGCCAGCCGCAGGCCCCCCAGGGAGGAGUACCUGGCCAUCUGUGUUCUGGAGCAGCCCAGAGCCCUUGGGGGUACCCACAUUCUGCUGGUGCAGAGGCCUAGCUCAGGUCUGCUGGCAGGACUAUGGGAGUUCCCGUCCGUGACCUUGGAGCACUCAGGACAGCAUCAGCACAAGGACCUGCUGCAGAAACUACAGAGUUGGACUGGGCCUCUCCCUGCUACCCACCUCCAGUACCUUGGAGAGGUGAGCCACACUUUCUCUCAUAUCAAGCUAACAUAUCAAGUAUAUGGUCUGGCCCUGGAAGGGCAGACCCCAGUGACCACACCACCUGGUGCUCGAUGGCUGACCCGAGAGGAAUUUCACACCGCAGCUGUUUCUACCGCCAUGAAAAAGGUGUUCCGUGUAUAUGAGGACCAUCAGCCAGGGACCUGCAAGGGUUCCAAAAGGUCCCAAUUGUCUUCUCCAACCAGCCAGAAAAAGCCCAGCUGGAAAAAGCCCAACCGGGGCCAGCAAGUCCUGGAUAGUUUCUUUUGGCCUCAUAUCCCCACUGACACACCCAGCCUCAACAGUGUAGCCCAGUGAUGCCUCUGAAAGUCCCUAUCCCUGAGAGUCCUAUUGUUUAAUAAAGUGCUUAUUUUUUUUAAAUUUUUUGGGGUACUAGGGAUUGAACUGAGGGGCACUCAAUCACUAAGUCACAUCCCCAGCCUUAUUUUGUAUUUUAUUUAGAGACAGGGUCUCACUGGGUUCUGGAGCAGCCCAGAGCCCUUGGGGGUACCCGCAUUCUGCUGGUGCAGAGGCCUAACUCAGAUAUCUGGAUGCUGGAAGCAAAGUAGCACAAUCAACAGGGAGGAGUAGAGAAAGGAGUCAGCAGCUGAGGCCUGACCCAUAACUGGCUGCUCUCCCUCUCAGGUCUACUGGCAGGACUAUGGGAGUUCUUAUCCAUGACCUUGGAGCAUUCAGGGCAGCUGGCUAUUGCUGAGGCUGGCUUUGAACCUGUGAUCAUCCUGUCUCAGCCUCCUAAACUGCUGGGAUUACAGGCGUGUGCCACUGCACCCAGCUAAAGUGCUUAUUUUUGUAGUCAUUUUGGAAAAGUUGCAUCCUUUCCCUAGCCCCUUUACUCCACAUCUCUGAGGACCCAGGAAGUAUUGGGUCCUGAUUUCCACUGGUUGAGCUUCCAUACAGCUUUAGGCAGAGAGAGGAGGGUGUGUUCUGUCCACAUAAUCUGUUCUCCUUUCCCCAGGAAGUGAUGGCUGCUGCAGGGAGCACCUGCCAAGAGUUGACACCCAACACUUUCUAGGUCUCAGGUCAGCUUGAUUGGAGCAGUGGUAUUAUCCUAAAGCAGGUGGUUGGGCUUAACCCUGAACCAGCCUGUCUCUACCUACAUGGGUUGCUCCCUAGGGAGAAGGGAAGCACAGAAGAAUUUGUCUUAAUUACCUACCUCAAAUACUAAGUCAUUUAUUUAGGGAUACAUUUCACAUAUAGUGAAAAUUCAGAAAUGCAAAGGGUUAAAAAAAAUCACAAAUCUGGGGCAGAGAGGGAAAUACUAUCAUAGGGGAACACAAAGGAGUGGGAGUGUAGCUCAGUAAUAGAGCAUGUUCCUAGCAUGUGCAGGGUCCUAGGUUCAAUCCCCAUCUUGCAAAAAAUAAAUUAGUCCUACUCAUAUUAAAAAAAAAAAGAACACAAAGGCUUGUAUUAGUUAUGUCUGUGACCUAAUCAUGUAAUUUUUUAUUGUUCUUUGUAUCUUGUGAAUGUAUUAGAUAUUAAAUUGUAAGAAAUGUUUUAUACUUAAACAAACAAACAAAAAACAACACUUCUUUGAAGCCCAGUAAGAGACUUAACUGCUGGCAUGUACUAAGGAGAAGCAGGGCACACCUGGCCUCUGAGGGUAUUGCAUUUCAAUAGCUGGGCCUCCUCUGGGUGUGUCUCAAGCUACAAGAAAGUGGCUGCAUCUAGCUCUGGCUGUCCUCAGGCUUUCUGGCUCCUGGCAGCUUCCUCUUGUAUGGAUUGCCACAGUGCUCGAAUGUUGUCCUGGCCAAACCCUGUGGCCCCUUGCCUCUGAAUCAGCUCCAAGAAGAAGGUAUCCUCAGCAAAGAGGGACUUGGUAAAGACCUGAAGCAGAAACUUGCCUUUAUCUCCAUCUAGCAGUAUUCCCUGUCGGGCCAGAACGCCAGGUAUGAGCCCCGCAGCUAGGAUCUGCUUUUCUUUGCCUGGCUGCUGGUAGUAUGCUUCGGGAGGUGUCAGGAGCCGGCCUCCGGCCAAAGCCAUACCCUCACUGGCCUCCAUGAUGUUCGGCGUAUACAGUCCUACGUGCUGCAGGCCCGGCCCCCUGUGCCGAACCAGAAAUUGCUCCACCUGGUCCUGUCUAUAGGUAGCCCCCGGCAGAGACUCGGCCAGCACAAGGGUGGGGACAAUGCUGCCGGGUGGAGUCUGCAGGGCCAUGAGCCGCAGCCCCCCAUUCCCCGACUCAGUUACCACUUCGAGGCCCCGCUCAGGAUCCUCCCCUGGGUUCAACGGCAAGUGGUGAAAGCCCAGGCAGUCCUGGAACCAGCGCCUAAGUGUUGGGGAGCUACCGGGUGUGCAAGCCAAGGUCAAGUGGUCCACGUGGCUGACCCAACCUGCGUCGGGCUUGGAGGGCACCGGUCCGAAGCCCGGUAGGAAGGGCCCGUGAUAGCCGGCACGCUCCAGCAACGUCAGGCUGAGGUUGCCAGCCGGCGAGCUAACCACAGCGUAGGUGGCGGCGCCCUGAGCAUCCCGAACGUUAACUGGGGGCACCGGCACACGACAGCCCCGGGAUGCCAGCACUUGGGCAGCGGUGCUCGCAUCGUCCACAUCGAAACACAAGUUCGUGGCGCUGGGCACAGCAUGAUGUGGGUCUAGACCGUACAGCGGCUCCCCGGGCCCCGCACCCUCAUUCACCAAAAAGACGGCGUCUCCGCUGCGUAGGGCCAGUUGCCGCCAGCCACCUGCCUCCCGCGCCGCCAGGGGCUGGAAGCCAAAGAGGCACUGCAGAUCCCGGGCUAGGGGCUGCCCGGCAGCCACUUGGAAGGCGAUGUGACACAGGCGGCGGGCGUGCACGGCCAUUACGCGCCUCGUGGCCAGCCGGGCGGUUCUUCUUCUAAGGCAGCUCCCUUAUCGUUCAGAACUCCCAAGACUUUUGGUCCCAAGUUGGUUGUCCAGAGCCGGUUGGAAACUGGUGGAGUCCAGUUCUUCCCAGAGAUCGUGUUCCUCGCUUGCUCUUUUCUAGGGAAGAAAUUUAAAAUUUAAGCUGGGUGGCCUUGGGAGCUCGGUUCACCUUACAGUGUCAUCCAAAGUGGAUUCUGGGGGCAAGGGCGAGUAGUAAGGCCACGAGGAACCAGUACUGGGCGGAGCGCGACCGAAGGAGGGCCUAUGACUCCGCCUUUGACACGCCUUCCUCCAGGUCUGUCGCCUAGGAUACAGUGGGGACACUGCUCCUUUUCAGGGCCUAGGAAAUCACAAUAGUCACCUUCAUUUAAUGCCAGGAACUGGAUUCACACUCUACCCGUGACCUCAAAGCAAAGGACACAGCCCUUGUUGGUGAAGGAUCCUGAAUCCUUCCUUCACAAACAAGUGAUUUCUUAGCAGUUUCAUGCUUUUCUUCACAAUUCAGGGGUUAUCCUUUAAGUUCUUUUUUGUUGUUGUUGUUAAAAAGAGAGAGAGAGAAUAUGAAUCUUUUUUGUAGAUGGACACAACACAAUGCCUUUAUUUUUAUGUAGUGCUGAGAAUUGAACCCCCACCCCCCACCCGACCCCCUAGGCCAGCGCUCUACUGCUGAGCCACCAUCCCAGCCUGAAGUUCUUUUUUUAAUAUUAAAAUGUUUAGAAGACCUUCAUUCCCCUAAACAGUCCAGAAAAAUUGAUAUAAAAAGAUGGACCACCAAUAUGCCAUCUACAUGUCUCAGCUACACUUAUCUCUCUAAGCCUACUUCUCUCAACAUCUUUUGCUCCCUUUUCCCAAGAAGUGUAGGGAGGGGGACCCUUUGUUGUUGUUUAUUUUGUUGUUCCUGAAAAGAACAGCUGCACCCCACCCUGUCAGGACUAGAAAUCAAGUCCUCUUUGCUCUUUGAAGCUUCCUAACUGGCCUUGAGCCAAUGCUUUGGGGGUGAGUGGGGGUUCUAGCCUUGAGACCCAGGAUUAUGUGAGAUCAGUGAAAGGAGGAAAUUAAAAAUCUGGCUUCAACUGGAUGACCCUUUAAGGGUUAAGGAAGGGCAUUCAAGAAGGGCAAAAGGCAUAAGCAAAAAGCUCAGUGAGUAUUAAGCUAAACUCGGGAGAAAUAGCAUUGGGGAGGCAUUUGGUAUGGACACUAAUACGGUGAUGAGUCCUGCUUCCCCACAUGUUGAAGUUCGAACAUUAAAGAAGCAUGCCGAGGGAUUCCACCUCUUGGGUCCUCUUCUUCCUCCGGGAGAAGUCUUUUCUGCUGUCCUUUAAUAAACUUCUAAUUUCUACUCUGAAAAAAAAAAAGCAUGCCGAGGCAAG